AUGAAAGCAGAUAGGUUUCAAAAACAAAGAUUUCUUGUGCUCUGUUUACAUUGCACUGUCGGUCUACACAUGGAUUCAUGUGAGGUAAAUAUGUUGAGAUUCCAGGUGCGUUUGAACAUACCAAAUGGUGGCAUGGUUCGGCAUACCGGUGAUGUUGAGGCUACUGUUGUAGCAUGCAAGGCUGUUAAAGAAGCUGUUAAGAUCAAGUGGGUGGAGAUAUUCACAUCCGACCCCCCAAAUAGAUUUAAAAUUUGAUGACUGUGGAUGUAAUUAGCCUAGCUAACGCUAGCAAUAUCAACCUAAUUAAUAGUUUAAAAAUAUCAUAAAGACUUAAUCAGAGUCGGC